UUCCACCGUAAGCUUCUGUGGAGGAUUCGGUUGGAUAAACUAUGAAUUCAUCGGUUCAAUUUUAUCGUGAGUCUGUGCUCGCUUGUUUUGGUUAUAUGAAUCCGAGGUUGUGUCUUUCAUUGGAAAUGCUUAGUUUGAAGUGCGAUACAUGUAGGUUAUCUAUAUACGUUAGAACAACCUAGCAAUUUGAUUGCUUUGGUGUGAAUGUACAGGCGGGCAACGGAUCGUCUGCUGCGGAUUGCUUCGAUAUGCAUGACAACACGGCAUUACAACCCAUAAAACACAUUGAGAUUUGUCGUCUGUCACUAUGAGCUACGAAGAAUGUUGCUUUUUGGACAUUUUCAGCCUUCGCACCUACGUAGCUAAAUUUGAAUUAAUUUCUGUGAUUGGUUGAUAUUGUUUUGUAAAUAUAGUAUACCACGGUUAGGAAAGCCAUUUGUCGUAUUUUUUUAUAGAUAGGAAGAAAAUGUGGUUCGUGGUGGAAUUCACUGUUAAGCAGUUCAUAAAGUGAUUAUUGCAAACGCAAAACAAGGAUUACAUGUUUUGGUCUAAGACAGUCGGUCCUUUUAACUGUAUGUGCAUUUGGGCAUGUCUCUUUCAUAAAAGAGUUCGUUAGAAAUUUCAAUUUACUUUUAUAAAAAUGGAUGUUAUUGAAGCAGUGAAGGACCUGAAGUUAGACACAUUGGAUUGUGAUUACAUAGAGUCCGUGUGGACCCAGGAGUUUAUGGGUGAUGCAAAAUUGCCAGAUGUGUAUAAGAAGAACUGUAACAGAGAUUACAUAGAAGUUAUUAAUGAUAUUAUUGCAGCAGUUGAUAGCUGGCAAGCCAGCGAUCAGCUUGUGGUGAAUACAGAUACCGUGGACACUGAAGAAUUCCAGGAUAAAAGUUGGAAGCAGCUUACUGAUUUGAAAUUGCUUUGCAAGGCCCUGUUGUCUGUUUUGUGGAGUUUCAUUAGAGAUGGUGAGCGAAACAAAUGUGAUGAAGUUUCAAGGAUCCUUUCUCUGAAAGCAGCUACCUUGUAUUUGAAACUUCUGACAGUUUCUGGAAGCAGAGUUUACCAUGCAUUUCAUCCUUGCUUGUGCUUAAAAUCAGUAAACGUUUUAAAAUUAGGAAUUCUGGCUACUUCCAAACGAAAGAAAACAUCAAUCAAUCAUGGUGUAGAUACAACAAGAGAAGAAAUGUUUACAAAUGGCAUGAGUAAAAUACAGUUGAGUGUACAAGAAAUAGCUAAUCUAGCAAAUGAACUUAGUGUGGUAAUGCAGGCAUUGCAGUUAUUUGUAACAAAGUUCUCUUUGGAAACACAGCAAGAGUUACUGGAAGACAUCAUUGAAAGACUUGCUGAAACAACAAGAUUGGAAGUGAAUUCAUCCAACUUAAUGACAAAUGUAGUGAACAGAUCAGAUGUUGAUGUAUGUUUGUCAACUCUCUCAUGCAGUGCAUAUGAAUGCCUGAAGUUGUUGUGUUCUUCGCAGCAUGGCGAUGUAGAAGAUAUUGUCAUUAUUGUUAUGAAAUACCUUCUCCCCAGUGUGCUUUUAGCUGAUCAUGAUUUGUCAUUUCGUGAACAGUGCACACUAAGAGAACAUGCUGUGCAUUUUAUCAAGUACCUGCAUUUUACUUUGAAGGAGGUAACACAUAGAGGUGUAACAAUAUUAAUCCAUCAUGUGUUUACAAGAAUUGGUGAAAAAGCAGAAAUUCGUCAAAAAGGAAAAGAAACUAUAGUUGACAUAAUGAAAAUUUUAUCCUACAAACAAUACACAGAGCUUGUGAGAUGGUUGUUAGAUUGUGCUCAUAGUGAUAAAGCAUCAUAUAGACUUCUUGCAGUGGAAGUGAUUGCGCAGCUUUUAUAUGAAGAACCACACAUCCCUUCUUAUGCCAGCAUUGCUUUGGGUUAUGAUUCACAGGAUAAUAGCAGUGCUGACAACAGUCCAGGUUUGGCAUUUAGUGCCAGGAUUGGUGAUACCUUACAUAGGUUCAUGUUGGCCGUGAUAUUUGCUCGAUGUCGUGAUUCAUCGGGAAUUGUCAGGGCAAAAGCAUUGUCACUUCUUGUACAGUGUAUGAAAACUGAUAACAUGACGGUGUGCAGUUUAAUGAAUGAGAUAUUUGUACUGAAUCAGCAAGACAAUGAAAAUGAGAAAGGAUUCCUGAAUUACAAACAGAUAAUUGCAGCAUUAAAAAGGAAAAGUGACAUGAAUCCACUUCCAGAUGCAAAAGUGAUAAUUGACGAAUUUAAAAACCUAGCAUGUGAUCAUAAAGUUAAUGUGAGGAAGGCAGCGUUGCAGGUUUUGGAAGGCAUCGUGAAAUUGAAGAGAAGCUGGCUAACAGUGAGCAUUCUGAAGAUGUUGGGGACUAGUUGCCGAGAUCCUGCAGUUUCAGUUCGCAAGGAGAUGGUCCAUAUCCUUUCUGACUUGCUGCAGCAAUAUCCUGAUGAUAAAGAACUUGCUAAAAUUUGGGCAAAAUGUGUUGUACCUCUUGUCUUGGAUCAAGAAGGCAAAAUUCAGGAGUGUGUCCUAAAGGUUAUGAGGCUGUUGAUUGUGGAUAACUUGACAAAGUACAGCCAGCAGCAGGAUGACAUAUGGUAUGUCUUACCGUGGACGCUGCUGGCUAAUAUUGUGCACUUUGAUCUUCAAUUCUGCUUCAUGAAGGCUUGUGAGGUGUGGGUGAAGCAAAAGGAAAUUAGAAAUGGUUUGGUAAAAGAUUUAUGCACUCAUGUGGGUACUGAAAACAACAUUCCAGCAUGGAUUGUUCUUUACUGCUUGUCUACACAAAUGGAUUUCAAGAAUCCAAUGUUUGCUAUAGAGUAUUAUCGACAAACUGUUGUAUCAAGUGAGGCAUCAGUGUCCUUGCUGGUAAUAGUCCUGGAAGUGUUGCUGUCCUGUUGUGGUUAUCUUCCUCAUCGUGUGCAGAGGGAUUUGCUGAAUGAGCUGAUAAAUAGUCUGUGUAACUUCAGUGUACAGAGGGAACUGAUCCGUCUGAAUGUGCAGAUUUCUGUUGCGCUUACACAUUAUUUGGCAGAGUCAAAGAAAGAAGCAAAGAAGAAAGUUAAGUCAUGGACUGGUGAGCUCUUGCAGAGGUCUCAGAUGUACCUAGAGGAUACAUUUCAGUCUGAUUCCACAAAGAAAUGUGACAGAGAUCAGUUUCUUUGCCAUCUGCACACUAUAGGAGAAGCUGCAAUGCAUAACCCAAGACGAGUCAGUGAGAAAACAUUUCAGCUACUUCAGCACUUCCUUUGCAGAUCAGAAGCAAAUGGUUUGAGGAACAUAACUGUAGAUCCAGUUGCCAAAGCUCUUGCAGUUGUCACUGUGGGAAAAUUGUGUGUGCUGAACCAGACGUGGGCAAAGCAGGCAGCAAGACCACUUGUGAAGCUGCUUAAAUUCUCACAAGAUAUGUCCACAAUAAUGAAUAUCAUAUUUGUGCUUAGAGAUCUGUGUGUACGGUAUGGAUCUAUGAUGGAACCUUAUCUGCCGAGCCUGUGGUUAUAUCUAAAGGAUGUGACUGCAGAGGUACGAUUUACCGCAUUGAGAUGCCUUGUGGAGCUCCUGCAGGGCAACUACAUCAAGUUUCGUGGUGCACUGUUUUUCCAUCUCUUAAGCAUGCUGUGUGACACUGAUGAGAAUGUGGUUGAAUUUACUACCAAUUUCCUGCGAGACUGCCUUGUGGCAAGAAACAAGAACAUAAUGUAUGAACACUUCAUUGAUGCUGUGUUUCACUAUAAUGGUUAUCAAGAUCAUGAAGUGUAUGGCAAAUGUUCAUUGUCAAGAGAAGAACAGAUGAAUUUUCUAAUGAAAGGAGACGAGUUGAGGGAGAGCAGGAAGCUGCUUUAUGGGUUUAUGUUGGAUAACAUGGACGAUGAACAUCGUAUGCUGACUAGAAACAACCUUGUGAUGAAAGUGCUUGAGGCUGUUUCAGAGGGACAGGUAAGCCUGAAUGAAGAUGGUGAGAAUGUGGUCUUGGAUGCUAUACACAUACUAAAUAGCAAGCAGAUCCAUCUGAGUGCAGUCUAUCAGGAAUGUGAAGAUGACCCUGCAGCUGACAACAUAGAUAAAGUAACAAAUAUCUUGGUGAAGGCUAGAAAUAAAGCAAUUGCAGAGUGUGUGAAGAACAACAUGAUUGAGAAUGUUGUACCAGUCAUCAUUCAUCUCAAGGCAGUUCUCCAGGAAAAGAACUCACGUCUCUUGCCCCAUCUCAUGCUGUAUGUGAGGGACAUGAUGAAGGAGUACAAGAAUGAGGUUAAACAAAUUUUUGCAGAAGAUGGACAGAUGGCAAUAGAAAUCUUACAUGACAUUGGAGAACUGGGAAAAAAAGAAAAGCAGUGUGAAAAUAUGCAAAGAAGGCAAGAAAAUGUUUCAUCCAUGAUUUUGGAGCAUAUUCCUUCCAGAACUAGUGCUUUGCUUCAGAGCUUCUCUCCAUGGGUAUGGGCGAGUCUUGGUCCUGAAAUCAGCAGGUGUUACAGAGCUGGUGGAGACAAGGUAGUUGUGCAAUAUGCACGUGCCAAGUUACAGCACAUCAGGAACCUGGCCCAGCAGAGGCGUGGUCAUAACAGAAAAAGUAGUCAGUCAGGUGUAGACAGUGAGGAUUUUAUUCGAGAACCAAAACAAGAAGGUACAAGUGAAGAUACUGAUGAUGAAGCCACAGAACUUGAGUUUGGUAUGGAUGAGACUUUGAUGGAAGAAGAUUAUGGGACUAGGGACACUGUGGAAGAAAGAAUUGAAGGUAGGGAGAAUGUAGAUGUAGAAUUGGGGACGAGAAAGAUUGCAGGAGAAGCCGUUGAAGAAAGGGAGGCUGUAGUUGCAGAAUGUAGAUUGAGGGAGACUAUUGAGAAAGAAUUUGAACUUGGAGAGUCUAUAGGAGGAAUUAAAAACAAGGAGGCUAUGGAAGGAGAAUUUGGUAUGAGAGAAACUUCAGAAGUGGAAAAUGAGAUGGGGGAAACUUUAGCAGAAACAAAUGAGAUCGUAGAAUCUUUGGAUUUGGAUAAUGAGAUGAGGGAGGUGGAGAAUGAUGAGAUGACAGAGACGGGAAAGAAAGAUGAGAUGAGAGGGGUUUUUCAGGAAGGUUUGAAGAAUCUGAAUAUGCAUGUUAAAAGAAAUUUACGCCAGAAUGUAAAUAAGCAGGGUGUGGAUUCUGAAACCCCAAGUACAAGUACAGGUAAUAUUACCCCAAAGACAAGAGGAGAUGUCAAAACUCCUGGUGAGAUAAAUACUACAACAUUCUUAUCUAAUAUUUGUGCUGGUCACAAUGAAACUCUGUGCUUUAGACCGCAGGAAAACAGAUGAGAAAGGAAAGCUCACUUACCAGAGCAAGAGCCCGCAAAACCACAGAGAUGGAACUUGAACACCAAGUACUUUGUACAUGAAGUACACUUCUGUAGUGAAGAUGUGACAUCUGGACUCGAUUUGCUGCUUCCUAGUCAAGGAUGUUUUCUAUGUGAACAAGGGAUUUGGUGUCCAUCUUUCACCUCUGUGCUUCUGUGAGCCCUUUCUCUGAUAGGUGUCAUUUUCUUAUUUAUUUGUUGUAUAUUCAUUUAUCUUCUGAGAUCAUUUUACUUUUAAUUAAAACAUUUUAAAGUAUCAUAAAAUAUGAAAGAAUAAGAGAACUGAGGCUGUGCAUGCACAAAACCUACUGCAGUGUACGUGAUGUUUUCAGCUACCAUAUACCAACUGCUGAUGUUCUGUUAUGCUAUGUAUUACUGCAUUCAUUUAUCCACAGUUCAGUGUCCACAAAAUAUAAUUCAGGAUAUCCAAAUAUUUGGACAUUGUAUGUGUGAGAGAGAAAUGUUACUACAUAUAGAGAUUCUAGUUAGUAUAUUUCUGUCAUUGUUCUGUUACCAUGAAACCACAUAGAAUAUAAGUACAUGUACUAUUUGUAACAAUUGAUUUGGAUGCUAGUAAUAUAUGAAUGCCAUGCCAGAACUAUUGGACAUAAUUUCUGGUCUCAUUUAAUGGUUUUCCUUUUUGUACAGCAUCACUAAAUGAUAGAUUUUAAAAUGUAACUUAUUCCUGAAUUGUUUUUAAUAUGAUUUAUUUACAAUAAAUUACAAAAAUCUA